AUGCGUGUGUGCGUUCAUAGGGUAACAAGCCCUCGAGCCAGUCUGUCGCAUCCCCUAGUUUCUGUCAUCCCAAUCCACCUCGCCGAUGCCUCCCACUCCUGCGCCGCCCAAGAGGUUGCCGCCAAGAACAGACCACUGGUUGUCUCCGCGUGCGGGUUUGGCCCUAUCCCCGCGGGGCUCAGAUUCUUGUUCAACUGCAGGAUCUUCAUCAUUAUUGAGUCGGCGUUCUCGGCGUGGCCAGCGCGGCGCUGCACCGGUCCGGCCAAUGCUGGCGAAGCCUGCCCUAUAAGUACGAUCAUGGGGCUUGGAUGUGGCUCCAGAGGCAUGACAGAGAAGCUGCAGCACUCCCAAAUUCAGCUAUGCCAGGACAUCCCUGAUUCUAUCAUCUGGAGGAUAACCAAGUCAGGUUGCUACUCUGCUCAGUCGGCAUACAGGUUCCAGCACCUGGGGCUGCAGAGCUCUGGGUUUUUUAUUAGCUCUUAA